ACUAUUUUUCAACCAUGACGGGACGUGUCGGAGGGACGUCUUUAUAACUGUCUUUACACUUCUAAAUGUUUGCUGUGGUCUCUUGCGCCUCUUCGAAAUCUCCUGAAAUGAGCUCUAACGUCAACACGACGAGGGUCCUGGUCAUAAACACCGGCGGAACCAUCGGAAUGGUCUUGCAUGACGGCGGUCUGUCUCCAGAACCUAAUGCUCUUAUCAAAACUCUACGCAAAUUAUCCAUUCUACAUGAUGAGAAGUAUGCAGAACAGACAAAGCUGUAUGACAGUUACAAGCCUGAGGAUAAAACACUGGUGCUUCCACAAUCUAAACUGAACAAGAGGGUUGUAUAUACAUUUUUAGAGUACUGUCCCCUGCUCGACUCGAGUAAUAUGACUCCAGAUAACUGGAGCACUAUUGGAAAAGACAUUCAGAAAUAUUAUGAGCAAUAUGAUGGUUUUGUGAUCCUGCACGGCACAGACACAAUGGCUUACACCGCCUCUGCCUUGUCCUUCAUGUGUGAGAACCUGGGAAAGCCUGUCAUCCUCACCGGCUCACAGGUAACAUGUUUUAAAAGCAUAGUUUAUAAUGAUGGAAGGGACAACCUCUUGGGGGCGCUUUUGAUUGCAGGACAAUUUGUCAUCCCUGAGGUUUGCCUCUAUUUUCAUCAUAAGCUCUACCGAGGAAAUCGUGUCACCAAAGUGGACUCUGGAAGCUUUAAAGCAUUUGCUUCACCAAACCUGCCGCCAUUAGCCAAUGCUGAAAUCGACAUCGACAUUAACUGGGAGACUGUGUGGAGAGCCAGCACAACUGCCAAAUUCACUGUCUACACACAAAUGAACCACAAUGUGGGUCUCCUGAGACUCUUCCCGGGGAUCACUACUGAUACAGUCAAGGCCUUCUUGAAGGCUCCCAUUGAGGGUGUCAUUUUGGAGACCUACGGCAGCGGUAACGCUCCUGAUAACCGCCCUGACCUGCUGGCUGAGAUCCGUAAAGCCACCGAUAGAGGAGUCAUCAUAGUCAACUGCACCCAGUGCCUCAGAGGCUCUGUCACAAUAUCAUACGCCACCGGCCAGGCUCUGAGUAACGCUGGAGUUGUCGCUGGGUUUGACAUGACUCCAGAAGCUGCUCUUUCAAAACUCUCCUAUGUGCUGGCCAAACAAGAUCUCAGUACAGAAGAGAAGAAAAAGAUGAUGAGUCGCAAUCUGCGUGGGGAGAUGGUGGCUGACUUAGAGGGGGCAAAGAUUUCUCUCAGCGACAGUCGCUUUAUUCAGAUUAUAGCCAAGACCCUCAGCAUUGGCUGUAAACAGGAGCUUGAAGCCAUACAAGAUACAAGGGAUGCACUAAUGCCCACUCUGGCAUGUACUGCUGCUAAGAAUGGAGACACAGAGACUUUAGAGGACAUAAGAGAAAUGGGAACUGACUUGAAUAAGGCAAAUUAUGAUGGCCGCACUCCUCUUCACAUUGCUGCAUGUGAAGGGCAUCUGAAUGUGGUGGAGUAUCUGCUGAGUAAACGAGCCACCAUCUAUAGCAAAGAUCGCUUUGGUGAUACUCCUCUUCGCAAUGCCAUUCGCCUCAGACAUAAGGAUGUCGUGGAGCUGCUGAGGAAGUCUGGAGCUCACUUCUACUCUGAUGAAUUAAAGGAUAGUGGAACGGAGCUGUGCCGUCUUGCUGCUAGUGGUGACUUGGAGGGACUGAAGAUUUGGAAGUUAGCUGGGGCUGACAUGGCCAUGUCUGGUUAUGAUGGGAAGACACCUCUUGAAGUGGCAAGAGCCUUUGAACGUAUGGAGGUUGUGGACUUCCUACAGGCUGCUUAGGGCAAUAUUCAGAAUGGGGAGCUCAUCAAUUACUGCAUCUAACAAGAUCCCGAGGAGACUUCCUGCUACCAUCGUCUGCUCACUUUCUCAAGAGCUUUUAUAAUUUUUUUUAACAAUAAGCCUUUAGAUUUUAAUGCAUAGUUAAUGCAUCAUUUCAUGCAUUAUUAGAGAAUUUUACAGUACAGGAUACUGCAACUGCUGAUUUUAGAAUGAUCUGAAAAUCUUCUUUGGGACAAUAAUCUUUUCUGGGAUAGUGUGAUGAUUACAUUUACAUUUAUAGCAAAAAAUAUUUAUAGCAAUGUAUCCAAAUUUUUCUAUCUAUCAGCUUCUGAUUACAUUUACAAAUGCUUUUAUUUAACAACUAUUAAUAUUUCCAUAUAGCAAUAAUACAGCACAUUAUAGAGAGAUAUAGAGAGUAUAUAGUAUACAACGGUCAUGCUCACCAGGAAAUGUUUUAAUAAAAUGUACUCAUUUUUAAGAAUAUGUCUGUAUGUAUGCAUCACAUGUUUGUUUUUGUGUUAGUACAGUGGGACAGGAGUAGGAUCAAUAUUUUAUAAAAAUGUAAUUGUCAAGCACAGAUAAUAAUUUUAAAAAUGACUUACAUAAUAUAAAGAUACAUUAUGUUAUCCACAAAGAAAAAACUAUUACCAAAACACUUGAAUACUUCUUAACCUCUUGUAUGAUGACAAAUGUAAAGUGAUGACUCAUAUAGACUCCAUCUGGUUAAAAUCAUUUGCCUCUUUCUUUGAUCAGAAGAAUUUUUACAAUGAUAAAAAGCUACAACUCAAGCUACUUGUCACGUCUUGGGACUCUGUGUUGUUGUUUUCACGUCCCAUGUGUUCGGUGUGACCUACUUUCUGUUGAUUGUUUCAUUGUGUUCAGCUGUGUCUUGUUAAUUUAGUCAUUUACUUUGUGUAUUUAAUUCCUAUUUGUUUCAGUUCAGUUUGUCCGAUCUCGUCUUUAAUAUGUGUGGUUCUAUUCUGCCUGUCUGUCUGUAGUGUUAUAACUUGCUUCUUGGUGUAAAAUUAAAAACAAUUAAGAGUA